AACAGGGAAGAUGGCAGCUCUCACAUCUCUCACCCAGCUGUCAAGUGGGAACCCUGUGUACGAGAACUUUUAUAGACAGGUGGACCCAGGAAACACGGGGAGAGUAGGGCCCACGGAAGCUGCGUUGUUCCUGAAGAAAUCUGGCCUUCCUGAUGUCACCUUGGGAAAGAUCUGGGAUUUGGCAGACCCAGAUGGGAAAGGGUUCUUGGACAAACAGGGGUUCUAUGUAGCUCUGCGGUUGGUGGCCUGUGCACAGAGCGGACAAGACGUCAGCCUCACUAGUCUGAACCUCACUAUCCCUCCCCCCAAAUUUAAGGACACUAGCAGCCCAUCGCUCAGCACAUCAUCGGUCUCUAGUGAACCCCACUGGGCUGUGAGGCCCGAAGAAAAGGGUAAAUUCGAUGGGAUAUUUGAAAGUCUUGCACCAGUCAGUGGACUGCUCUCUGGUGACAAAGUAAAACCAGUUCUAAUCAACUCAAAACUACCUCUGGACGUGUUAGGAAAGGUUUGGGAUCUUAGUGACAUUGAUAAAGAUGGACAUCUGGAUGGAGAUGAGUUUGCUGUGGCCAUGCACCUGGUCUAUCGGGCCCUGGAGAAGGAGCCGGUCCCCUCUGUUCUCCCCUCCUCUCUCAUCCCUCCUAACAAGAGGAAGAAGUCUCUGGUUGGCUCCCUCCCUGGCACCGUGCCUGUGCUGCCCGCCAGCCCCCCGCCCCCCAAGGACAGCCUGCGCUCUACCCCUUCCCACGGCAGCAUGAACUCCCUCAACAGUGCCGGCAGCCUCUCCCCCAAACACACACUCAAAUCUGCGCAGCACUCAGUGAACUGGGUGGUCCCGGUGACAGACAGAGGACGCUUUGAUGAAAUCUUCCUGAAGACAGACUUGGAUCUGGAUGGCUUUGUCAGCGGAAUGGAAGUCAAGGACAUCUUCAUGCACUCAGGGCUGCCCCAGAACCUACUGGCACAUAUAUGGGCCCUGGCAGACACCAGGCAGAUGGGGAAGCUGACGCGGGAGCAGUUUUCUCUGGCCAUGCACUUCAUCCAGCAGAAAGUCAGCAAAGGCAUGGACCCUCCUCAGGCCCUGACCCCUGACAUGAUCCCCCCUUCAGAGAGGGGCACUCCCGUUCCAGUGUGUACCACUCCCUCCCAUAGUAUGUCUGGGUAUGUGACCCCUGUGAGCUCUGAGAUGGCUGCUCUGUCUGAGAUGAGGCGGGACAGCUCCAGUUCUGUUGGGUCAGGGUCAGAGUUCACUGGAAUCAAGGAGCUUGAUGACAUCAGUCAAGAGAUUGCUCAGCUGCAGAGGGAGAAAUUCACCCUGGAGCAGGACAUCAGAGAUGCUGAGGAGGCCAUCAGACACAAGUCCUCAGAAGUGCAGGAGAUGCAGAACGACCUGGACAGAGAGACGUGCAGUCUGCAGGAGCUGGAGGCCCAGAAGCAGGAUGCCCAGGAGCGGCUGGAGGAGAUGGACCAGCAGAAGGCCAAGCUGGAGGACAUGCUCAACGACGUCAGGAUCCAGUGCAACGAGGAGUCCCAAAUGAUCUCAUCUCUGCAGAACCAGAUCCACUCCCAGGAGACAGACCUGCAGAGCCAGGAGGAGGAACUGAGCCGGGCUAAAGCAGACCUGAACCGGCUGCAGUUGGAGGAGAGCCAGAUGGAACAGAGCCUGACUGCCGGCAAGUUCCAGCUGGAGACCAUCAUCAGGUCCCUCAAAGCUACUCAGGACGAGAUCAACCAGGCUCGCAGUAAGCUGUCUCAGAUCCAGGACAGCCAGCAGGAGAUGAAUAAGAGCAUUGAGCAGUACAACAGCACCUUGAAUGGGACCCACAGAGGCAGCAUGACCAACCUGGCUGACAUGAGCGAGGGAUUCCCCGACCGUGAGAACGGAGACUUCGGCGCCAUGGAGGACCCGUUCAAGGUGAAUACAUCUGGGUUCAAUAGCGUCCCUCAGGAGAUGCACACAGACCCCUUUCACUCCGAAGACCCCUUCAAGACAGACCCGUUCAAAGGUGACCCCUUCCAAAAUGACCCUUUUGCAAAGCAGUCAUCACUACCAGCCGCUGCAGAUCUCUCUCUCCACCCAGACCCCUUUGGGGGGGACCCCUUCAAAGAGACGGACCCCUUCAAGGCCUCGUCAGAAGACUUCUUCAAGAAGACCACCAUCAAGGCAGACCCCUUCAGCACCACCGACCCUUUCAGUAAAAGUGCCACCCUCCCCACCAAGACAAGUCAUUUUACAAGCAGCGCAGACCCUUUCUUAUCCAUUAGCCCAAAACCCACCAGAGGGCCAGGACCAGAUCUCUUUGGUACUCUGGACCCCUUUGGAAGCAGCACUGCUUUUGGAGGCAGUAACAGCUCAUUUGGCAGUAUCAGUAACAGUGGGUUUGCAGACUUCAGCCAAAUGUCAAAGAUCAGAGACCCAAUGGAAGGAAGAGGAGGUUUCCCAGAAUACCAGCAGUCGGGGUUUGUGGAGGACCCCUUCAGUAGGAAUCAGGACGGCCCAGCUCUGCCGCCCAAGAUGAGUGUUCCCCCCAGACCCAAACCUCCCAGUGGUAAAAGCAGCCCUGUCAACUUGCCUGGAGGAGCGGGCGACUUGGCCAAGCCCUGCGACCCCUUCCAGCCAUUCGGCAGUGACGCCAUCGACCCAUUUCAGAGUAAAAAGGUGGUCGGAGACCCCUUUAGUGGCAAAGACCCUUUUGCUCCUUCUGCCUCAAGUAAAGCCUCUAAAGACUCUUCCUUGGGUUUUGCAGACUUCAGUUCUUUUGGAAAUGAGGCUCAGCAACUGGAGUGGGCGAAGCGAGAGAGUGAGCGAGCGGAGCGGGAGCGGCUGAAGAGACUCCGGCAGCAGGAGCAAGAGGACUUAGAGCUGGCCAUCGCUCUCAGCAAGGCCGAGAUGUCUCACGGGUGACCUGGACUGGACUGGACACACACACACACACACACACACACACACACACACACACACA